AUGACAUCUCAGAAUAGAACGACUAAGAUCCCACAAAAAGUCAUGCGUUAUCUGCCUCUGAAACCUAGGCUUCAGCGAUUGUAUAUGUCGACGCAUACUGCCACAGACAUGAGAUGGCAUAAGGAAAAACGGGUAGACGAUGAUGUGAUGCGGCAUCCUGCAGAUGGGGAAGCAUGGAAAGAGUUCGAUCGAACGUUCCCUGACUUUGCUGCUGAUCCUCGAAAUGUUAGAUUGGGACUUGCCACUGACGGAUUCAAUCCGUACGGGGUUCUAAACCAACACCACAGCACUUGGCCGAUUUUCGUAUUUCCAUAUAAUUUGCCGCCUUGGAAAUGCAUGAAAAAAGAAUACAUGAUGUUGACUGUUUUGAUAACUGAGGAUCCUGGCAGGUCAAUCGAUGUUUACUUAAGGCCGUUGGUUGAUGAGCUCAAGGAUUUAUGGGCAAACGGUGUGCGUACGUACGAUAAAUCCACUGGGAAGAUGUUCACUUUGCGGGCAGCAGUGAUGUGGACUGUUAAUGAUUUUCCCGCAUAUGCAAUGGUUUCUGGGUGGAGCACAAAGGGUUAUAUGGCAUGCCCUAUGUGCAAGGAAGAUGUAACUUCUAGUUGGCAUGCCGGAAAAGUUUGUUAUCUUGGUCAUCGGAGAUGGUUGCCAUGGGACCACGAAUGGCGGGAAAAGGAUAAAGAGUUCGACGGGAACAAAGAGCCUCGCCUUAGACCUAGAGAAUGGUCUGGUGAUGACAUCUUGGAACAGCUUAACCGUUUGGAUUUUGCUCCGUUCGGCAAAACAGUUAGUCGAACCAGACCUUCUACACAUAUGAACUGGACGCACAAGUCUAUGUUCUUUGAGCUCCCAUAUUGGUCGAAACUAAAAUUGAGACACAAUCUUGACGUUAUGCAUGUUGAGAAAAAUGUGUUUGACACUUUGAUAGGUACGAUUCUAGACAUCGAGGGCAAGACAAAGGACACGAUCAAAGCUCGUCUUGAUUUGGAAAGAAUGGGCAUACGAAGAGGUUUAUGGAUGAACAGGGACGGUGAUAAAGCUAGAAGGGAUCUGGCAUUUUUUUCCAUGAAACCAAAUGACAAAAAAGAAUUUCUAAAGUUUGUAUCGUCGGUAAAGUUUCCCGAUGGGUAUGCUUCUAAUAUCGCGCGUUGCGUGAAUGUUGACGGGGGUAAAUUUACUGGACUUAAGAGCCAUGAUUGCCAUGUGUUUAUGCAACGGUUACUUCCUGUGGGUAUUCGACACCUAUUGCCGGAAGAUGUAGUGAAGCCGAUCAUGUUGUUGUCCAGAUUUUUUUCCCAACUUACGGCAAAAACAUUGCGAAAGACGGACAUGCAUCAAUUGCGCCAUGACAUUGUCCAAGUCCUAUGCAAGUUUGAGAUGAUAUUCCCUCCAGCUUUCUUCACAAGUAUGAUCCACGUGAUGGUUCAUUUGCCAGAAGAGGCAUUGCUUGCUGGUCCUGUCAACUAUCGUUGGAUGUAUCCAAUAGAAAGGGCGAAGCCCGAAGGGUCAAUUAUAGAGGCUUGGGUUCAAUAUGAGUCGCUUACUUUCUGUGGAAUGUAUUUACAAGAUGUGGACACAGCUUUCAAUCGUCCUCAACGCAAUAAUGACGGAGGUGUGAGAAAUGAGAAACUUUCUGUUUUUGCCCAAAGAGCACGACCAUUUGGAGAUCCUGUACGAGGAGAGUCGUUUUCCAUAAAUGACAUGCAGGUAGCACAUUGGUUCGUACUGAACAAUUGUGAUGAGAUAAUGGCAUACUUAGAUGAGCAUGAAGAGAUGAUGAAGCGAGAACAUCCAUCACAUUUGUAUGCCACGAAACACCGUGAAUUGUUUCCACAAUGGUUUUUGGAAACUGUCAACAAGUUGAAAUCAUCGAAUUCCCCCACUUACAGUGAAGAGUUAUAUAACUUGGCGUUCGGCCCGAUUCGGGCUGAAUUGUUCUCGGGUUGCCAUGUUAACGGCAUCAAGUUUUUAGGGGCUGCACGAGAUGACAAGUUGUGUACGCAAAACAGCGGUGUCCAUGUCCCAGGUGGAGGCGAAAGUACGGACAUUGAUUUCUAUGGCAAACUCACAACUGUUGUGCAAUUGCUUUACAAAGACCGAUACCAAGUGAUCAUGUUUAAGUGUCGAUGGUUUGAUACAAACCCAAAUAGGCAGGGAAGUGUUAAAAUCGACCAUGGCUUAAUAUCAGUGAACAUUAAAAGAACUUGGUAUGAUGACGACCCUUUCAUUUUGGCAAACAUGGCAAAACAGAUUGUGUAUCUAGAUGACCCUAAAGCCGGGAGCGGUUGGAAAGUUGUUCAGCAUAUGGAUCAGAGGAACGUGUAUGCUAUACCAGAACUAGACCCAACUGACAAUGACGUCACUGACCACGACGUCACUGACCAACGUUUGGAGUCUUCCAUGGAAAAUGAUGCAGAAACACUUCGAGAUACAAAUGUUAUACAAGAACCAUUUCAGGUUCAAGGAGUGUCUUCAAUCGAAAUACCGAUUCAGUCAAUUACAAUUGACCUCGGUGAUCUUCCGCGAUAUGAUGUUCCAGUGGGCCCAAACUACGAAAGUGAUGAGGAGGAGGAUUGGGAAACCGAAAGUGAUGAUAGCGACGAUAAUGAAGGUUAUUAUAGUUCAGAUGAUGAAUAA